CAGGGCCUGUGGUGGAGCGAGCAGGGCUCCAACAUGACCCUCUUGGCCCUGGAUGUGGCCAGGACCUUCUUGGGCUCCUACCACACCGCUGUGGUGGCUACCAACACGCAGGUGUCACCCCUGCAAGGGUCCCAGCAGCAGCACCCCGGUGCCAAGGGGCAGCCCAGCUUCUGCUUCACCGUGCAGUGGCAGUUCACAGACUCCAGCACUGCCUUUGUGGGCCAGUGCUUCAUGGACCACUGUGGGAAGGAGACACUGGAGACCCCGUGGCUCCCGUGGGAAGAGGUCCCAUCCCGUAGGAACGGCUGGAAAGCCCCCAGGAUUGGCAUCUCCAUCUUCACCUACAUCAAGUGA